UUAGGUAUCUUUACCUUGGUUGGCACGCAGCGAAGAUCUCUGUGUUUUUUUGGGUAUUUGGGGAACGCGUCUGGUUUCUUCGUGUCUUGGAGAUCGCAGAUUUGAGGGAGGAAGAGUAUCGAGGGGAGCUCUGGAUCCCAUCUCUUCCCGUUCUUGGCGACGGAGGUUAUGCUUCUUGAUUUUCUGGUCUUUGAGGGCUUGGAUAUAAAGGGAUUUCUAAAUUUCCUCAAGAUAUGGAGCUUGCUUCUAUUUGGACAAAUUCCUUCCAGCAUCGUGUUUGUUCUUUCCAGGAAGUGCUUGAUUGGCGUUUCCUUGUUCUUGGAGAUUUUCUUUUGGUUUCCUUUGUCAAUUGCACUUAGUGGUCAAGUUCUUCUAAAUGAUCAGCACAGGAGGCGUAAUGAAAUUAUUUUGUGAGAUAGGUGUUGGAUCCUUAGUGCAACUGUUCAAAGCGUUGUUGAUGCAUCAUCCAGACGAUUUUCUAGGGGAGACUUCUGCAGGGAGCUGAGUUCUGUUGAUGAAACAUUGAAGCUUGUUUUCACAAUUACCAAAAGUCAAGACCAUUGCUUUGACCUCUGUUGGUCAAGCUUUUAUUAUUUGUUCGUUAUCUUUGUUACUGAUGGGUGAUGUUUAGAGAGUCAUGACAUUGCUUACUGGAGGAUCUAUCUUCCAUUUCUAUGUUGAAUUAUGAGGUAGCUGCAACUUAAGGUUGUCAACGUCAGGGAGAGUGUCUCGUACUUCAGUUGAAGCUGUGGAUAUUGUAAUGAAUAAAGCUGCACAGCCUGCACAUCAGAAUUACUCUGGUUUUGUACUUCUGCAUUUCACCAUGAAAAAUUAGUGGUGGUUUUUGCUAGAUCAGUGCAAGACAUUUGUUUACAUUUAGUCUUUGUACAAAGAUAAAUGCAAGUUAUCAAUUCAAGAUUCUCUCUCUCUUUUGAAUAAAGGAGGUUGUCUUUGUGCUUCUGCAAGAAAAAUGGAGAGGUACAUGUUAAUCAAGGAAGUUGGUGAUGGUACUUUUGGAAGUGUCUGGCGAGCUAUCAAUAAGCAGACUGGUGAAGUUGUUGCGAUUAAGAAAAUGAAGAAAAAAUAUUACACUUGGGAGGAGUGUGUCAAUCUGAGAGAAGUAAAGUCAUUACGCAAGAUGAAUCAUCCAAAUAUCGUGAAACUCAAGGAAGUUAUCAGGGAAAACAAUAUCUUGUACUUUGUGUUUGAAUACAUGGAAUGCAACCUUUAUCAACUUAUGAAGGAUAAGGAAAAGCUCUUCUCAGUAACUGAAGUCAGAAAUUGGUGCUUUCAAGUUUUUCAAGGUCUUGCCUAUAUACAUCAGCGAGGAUAUUUUCAUCGUGAUCUUAAACCAGAAAAUUUAUUAGUUGCUAAAGAAUUAAUAAAACUGGCUGAUUUUGGGCUUGCACGUGAAAUUAGUGCAAUGCCACCCUAUACUGAGUAUGUUUCAACACGGUGGUAUAGAGCUCCAGAGGUGCUGCUUCAGUCCUAUCUUUAUGGUCCUAAAGUUGAUAUGUGGGCAAUGGGUGCUAUCAUGGCAGAGUUGUUUACCCUUCGUCCUCUUUUUCCUGGGGCAAGUGAAAUAGACCAAAUCUACAAAAUUUGCAGUAUACUUGGCACCCCAACCAUGGAUUCAUGGUCUGCUGGGCUUUCUCUUGCAAGGAAUAUCAGUUAUGAAUUCCCGCAGUUUGGUGGAGUUCAUCUCUCUGUUGUUAUUCCUGCAGCCAGUGAUGAUGCAGUCAAUCUUAUUGCAUCACUCUGUUCAUGGGAUCCUUCGAAGAGACCAACAGCUAUGGAAGCCCUCCAACAUCCCUUCUUCCAAAGUUGCUACUACGUACCACCAUCUCUACGUGCUAGAGUCCCCAUUUCUCGAACUCCUUCUGCUGGAACAAAAGAUUUUCUGGAGCAACAAACUGCUAAAAAAUUUCCUGGGACUUUAUCUGAUUCAAGGGUUGCUGGUAAUUUCUCCUCUCCAAAACAGCCUGGUGCACUGUUGGGCACAGGUGUGCAGAGGAAGUUGGAUUUGCUCAACCAGGAUGCGAAUAAGAAUGAUAAAAUUAUGAAGAACACAGUUAGACAACAGAAAUACCGACCGCCUGUGAGGAAUAGCCCUAAUAGUAAGUUUCAUGACUCUAUCUACAAGGGAAGUACUAUGCGUGGAGUUUCAGAUACAGGCGAAAAGUUGGCAAACAUGACAAUCGCUGCUCGCAAGCCAUCUAUCGGACAGCUUCCCCGGCCGAUGAAAGCGGGCGUCCGUUGGAGCGGAUCCUCUAGCGAUCUGUUACUGAGGCCCGCCCAAGAGAUUCAACAUGGCAGCAAUUACUCCAGGAAGGUUGCAGGAUGAGACAUACCUUCCUCACGUCGUCAGUCUUUAUGGUAUUUUGUCUUUGUUAUAUGAAGAAUUCUAUCGUACCUUAUGCAAUGCCUCUGGGAUUUUAUGUGUAAUAAGAAUAAUAACCUGCAGACUCGUCUUUUUCUGUUCCUUGUUUGCUACCAUCUAUGAUGAUGUUCUCUUCGUUUGCCUAAUGAAAUAAAAGAUUUUCAGUAUUA